UUUAUAAAUAUGUCUCAAACCAAGCUGAAACCCUGAAAAAUAAGUAACUAUAGCUGUAUUGAGUAUAGCCAUACUAAACACUAUGAGCAGCCAAUCCAAUAUGGAUGAUACCACCCCCAAGAUUGAACUUCCAGGCUUCAGAUUCCAUCCUACCGAGGAAGAACUCCUCAAUUUUUACCUCAGAAACAUGAUCUAUGGCAAGAAGUUGGGUUAUGAUAUAAUUGGAUUUCUCAACAUCUAUCACCAUGAUCCCUGGGACUUGCCUGGAUUGUCAAAGAUUGGAGAGAGGGAGUGGUAUUUCUUUGUGCCUAGAGACAGGAAGCAUGGCAAUGGAGGGAGGCCUAACAGGACUACUGAAAAUGGGUUCUGGAAAGCCACUGGUUCUGACCGGAAAAUUGUGAGCUUAUCUGAUCCAAAGCGGAUAAUUGGCCUGAAAAAGACUCUUGUUUUCUAUAAGGGGAGAGCGCCACGAGGAAGCAAGACUGAUUGGGUCAUGAACGAGUAUCGUCUCCCAGAUGGUUGCUCCUUGCCUAAGGACAUAGUUCUGUGCAAGAUAUACAGGAAGGCAACAUCCUUGAAAGUCCUGGAGCAAAGGGCAGCACUGGAGGAAGAGUUGAAGGCAAUGAACAACACAUCUCCUUCAUCUCCACUGUCAUCCUUGGAGGCCAUCUCUCACAGCAGCCCAAAAGAAGAAUUGGUGCCAUCAAUUUCUGUACCCCAAGUGGUCUUCAAGAAAGAAAUUGAAGAAGAAGAUACGAUGGAAGAGAAAAGAUCAGAUGGAAUAGCAAAGGAGAAAAAAAUUUCUUCAGCAUCUCUGCAUUUGCCAUUAGGCAAGGAAAUUUUGCCAGAGCUUCAACUACCCAAAAUGCUCAGUGACUGGACCCAGGAUCAAUUUUGGACUCAAUUAAACAGUCCUUGGUUCCAAAAUCUGACACCCUAUGCCAACAUCUUGAAUUUCUAGUGCCUAAUUUACUAUGCAGAGCUAUAUCUAGACUGACUAGCCUGAGAGGAUCACCAACGUUUUAAAAGCUUCAAGCUUUGGAAGCCUUUGCUGUUUCUGUCAAUGAAAAAAUUUGCCCAAAUGUUUACAUCUAAUUUGCUUGGUCUAAGUUUGGAUGUUCACUUGUUUUAAUGGAAAAUUGGAAAUUUCAUGACAAGCAAAAUAAAAACAACUUAGUCGCUAACUUGCUAUAACUGAGAUGGUAGAUGAACCUUGAAAAAUUGGUUCAUGGGCAAGCCUACGUAACACUGUCUUUCGUUUCAGUACAAAAAGGCCGAAGGGAAUGGAGAAGGGAAGGAUAGGCCGGAGCUGCUCAGUCGAGCAUGACAGAACCCAACUCGUCAGCCCUACUUUCCU